CCGUUUAUGGUAUCCUCCAUCAACAAGUCGGAAGUAGAAUUCGAGCGAAAGAUAUGUUCCAAAAGAGAGAAACAGUCUGGGUCUUGGGAGGAACGUCGAACUUGCAAGUAAGAACUUCCGAAGCUGUUUAGAAGCUGUGCAAAUGACACCACGUGCUGGCUGUGCCUGCCCGACACAGCCGUUCGGUGAAGCCUUUUCAACACCAUUGGUAUGUCCUCCCUUGCUGGUGCCCUAAUUCCACCAGAAUCUUCUUUUUUAAAACGGGAACCCUCCGAUUAUGACACCAGUGCAGUUCAUGACAACCACAUGGAAGAAACAUCCGAUUACGACGAACCACCCGAGCCGCAAGAUGAAGAAAUGCAAGAUCUUUUUGGGAAUGAAGCAGACGAAGAGCCCGGAGAGGCUGCGGUAGACGAAAACAACUCGGAAGCUGUCUCAGAGGAACCAGAUGCCGAGGCUGAGCAACGCAGAGCUCUUGAGUAUGAAGAAGAUGAAAAUCCCCAAGAGCUUGCUAUUGAAGUGAGGGAAGCAGAAGUGUCUUUUCCCAACCUUCCCAUGCCCUCCAGUUCGAACGGUGAAAACUGGGUCAUACGUAUGCCUAAUUUUGUGAAAAUGGACUCCAAGCCGUUCCACCCAGACACAUACAUUGGUCCUGAACAAGAAGAUGAAGAUAUCCCUCAAACGGAAUCUCUACGCGAAAAGAGCAUGUCCAUAAAACUCAAAGUCGAAAAUACAGUUCGUUGGCGGUGGAUCAAAGACGAGGCGGGCAAUGACGUCAAACAGUCCAAUAGUCGAAUCAUCCGGUGGUCAGACGGUACCCUCAGCCUUAGAUUAGGAAAAGAAUUGUUCGACAUUACAAAAAGUGUGGACACCGCCGGUGGCGUUCCACGCCAUAUUGGAGGCCUCCCAUCAUCUCAGUCUCAAUCUCAAUCCCAAGCUCCCAACGCACUUCCCAAGUCACAAGGCCUUACAUAUCUCGUCGCUCAGCACAAGCGCUCGCAAGUUUUACAAGCCGAGGCGGUCAUUACCGGACAUAUGUCUCUCCGUCCGACCGGUAUGCAGUCGGAAACGCACAGGAUGUUGGUGCGUGCCGUUGGCCAGAAACACAACAAGGUGGCGCGGCUGCGCAUGGCGCCAGAUCCACAGGUAGAUCCAGAACGAGAAAAAAUGGAGUUGAUGAAACAGAGUGCAAAGAAAUCCAAAAGGAGGGCCUCACCCACAGGGACACCUCGAAAACGCCGAUCGGCAUCUUUCAGACGGAUUGAUGAAUGGGUUGAUGAAGAUGAUGAAGAAGGCAUACAUGCGGAGUCCGAUGAUGAAACAGGGGGCCGUACCGUCCCAAAGAGGAAAAGUCGGGAUGAGGAGAACACCGGUUACCAGGAGGACGAUUUCGUUGUCGCUGAUGAUUCAGAUUCAGAUGGCGGUUUUGGAAGUGGCCGCCAUCGAGAAGAGGAGGAUCCUUUGGAUAAAUUGGAUGCGAAAAUACAACGUGCAUCGAAGAGCCGCCGCAAUGAUACUGAAGAUGACGAUGGGGAAGGAGAAGGAGAAGGAGACGAUGCAGCAAUGGACGUAGAAAGUGAGGAGGAAGAAGACCAGAAAGUUCGAAGGGCUGGAGGGAGUUCCCGAAAACGACAGCAGCCCCUGUAUGAUGAUGACGACGACGAAUGA